UCCAGUCGCGUCAUUUAGCAGGACACCGACCGACUUUCGCUGUGUUUGAUUCGUUGUCUUGAGGCGUUCAUAUAGCGACAUCUAGCGGAAAGUGAAUGAGGCGACGAAAACUUUGUGUUCAUGGCAUUUAAAUAAGCUUACAUUAUGAAUUUAAAGGUGGUAAAUCUGUGACGCGCUCGGCUGACAGUGCUUUCAGCGCAUUGUAACUGCAUUCUGUAGUCGGUAAUUGCGUGCUUUAUGACGCUGUUCCGUGUCCACGGCUAAACUUGAAUUCCUGUUGGCCACAACACACAUGGCGGGUGGAAACAGUCACGGGGUUGUAACGGGAAACGAGGCAAGGCUGGGGGUCUAGCGGGCUGUCAUGAGUGAUUUAGGACCGGCGUUCAGCACCGAGAUUAAAGUAAAAGAAGUUUUCGACGUGUAGCUGGAGCGACCCCGAAUUAAAGCGAAGAAUGAUUCCGACAGAGGACGCGUCCGCGCGGAGAAGGGAGAUUGAGGCGAAACUAGAGCAGGAACAAGACAUGCUGACGUUUAUUCGUGAAAACUUAGAGAAAAGCGAUCAGCUGACCAGAGGAAUGGUCACCAUCCUGUCCUCCUUCGAGAGUCGCCUCGUGCAGCUGGAGAACGCCAUCAUCCCCGUGCACACGCAGACUGAGAACCUGCAGCGGCUGCAGGACAACGUGGACCGCACACUGUCCAGCCUGGAUCACGUGAUAAGCUACUACCACGUGGCCAAGGACACAGACAGGGUCGUCAGGGAGGGACCUUCAGGUAGGCUGGAUGAAUAUCUUGUCUGCAUGGCUAAGAUCCAGAAAGCUGUGGAGUUCUUCCAGGACAAUAAUCCAGACAGCCCAGAACUCAACACAGUGAAAGUGCUCUUUGAGAAGGGGAAGGAGCUUCUGGAGGCGGAGUUUCGGGGGCUGCUCACACGCUACAGCAAGCCCGUGCCCCCGCUCCUGGUCCUGGACGUGGUGGGCGGGGAGGAGGAGCUGGAAGCGCAGGAGGAGGUGACUCUGGAGCACCUCCCUGAGGCUGUGCUGCAAGACAUCGUCUGCAUCUCCUCCUGGCUCGCCGAGCACGCCCGUAAUCAGGACUACAUGAACGUGUACUUCCAGGUGCGCUCCAGCCAGCUGGACAGCUCCCUCAAGGGGCUGCGGGAACACUUCCGCAGAAACAGCUUCUGCUCCCCCUCCCCCGCCAUGCAGGCCCGACGGAAGGACACGCCCACCAAGAGGCCCCUCCGGCGCCCAGCCUACUUCCCAGGGGCGAUCCGAAAGGUUCUGAAGCAGUACUCUCAGCACGGGAUGGAGGGCAGAAAGGGAGCUGCUGCCCUCCCUCUUUUGGAAGGGAAGGAUGACAUGCAGGAUGUGGAGAUCGACUCAUACAUCUACUGCGUCAGUGCGUUCGUGAAGUUAGCCCAGAGCGAAUCCUCCCUCCUGAGCCACAUCAUCCCAGAGCACCACCAGAAGAAGACCUUCGACUCCCUCAUACAGGAGGCCCUUGACAGCCUGAUGCUGGAGGGAGAGGGCAUUGUGGCAGCUGCCAGGCGGGCCAUCGGGCGCCAUGACUACUCCGCUGUGCUCACCAUCUUCCCCAUCCUGCGGCACCUGAAGCAGAGCAAACCAGACUUCGACAGCACACUGCAGGGCACUGCUGCAAGUACCAAGAACAAGCUGCCCACCCUCAUCGUAUCCAUGGAGACCAUCGGGGCCAAAGCACUGGAGGAGUUUGCCGACAGUAUCAAGAAUGACCCAGACAAGGAGUACAACAUGCCCAAAGAUGGCACUGUGCACGAACUGACCAGCAACGCCAUUCUGUUCCUUCAGCAGUUGCUGGAUUUCCAGGAAACAGCUGGCGCCAUGUUGGCUUCCCAAGUUUCAGAGAGCAGCUCGUCUGCAAGUUCCUGCAGUUCUGAGUUUGGCCGGAGAGUCCUCAGUGCAUACAUAUGUAAAGCCCUGGGAAACCUGCAGCUGAACCUGCUCAGCAAGUCUAAGGUGUACGAGUACUCUGCUCUGAGCGCCAUCUUCCUACUCAACAACUACAACUACAUCCUUAAGUCUCUGGAGAAGUCAGAGCUGAUCCAGUUGGUGGCCGUCACUCAUAAGCAGGUGGAGAGCUCGUACCAGGAGCUGAUUGAGCAGCAGGUACAGGUGUACCAGCGCAGCUGGUGGAGGGUGAUUGAGUACCUGAUGGACAGGAACACACCCACUGUCCAGCCGGGCCAGAAGCUGAAAGACAAAGAGCGACAGCAGAUAAAAGACAAGUUCAAGGGAUUUAAUGAUGGGCUGGAUGAGCUGUGUAAGGUCCAGAAGGCGUGGGCCAUUCCAGACAAAGAGCAGCGUGACACCCUCCGCCAGGUCCAGAAGACCGUCGUGUCUGAAGCCUACAGAGGCUUCCUGCACAGAUAUGCCAGCGUAUCAUUUACCAAAAACCUGGACAAGUACCUGAAGUAUCGACCAGAGCAGGUUGAAGAAAUGAUUGGGAGACUUUUUGACACUUCAGCUUGAGCCACGCCCACUUGCCGCUCAGCCCCACACCUCUCCACUCAGGGAAUGGCGCAUGGCCUUCUGAGUAAUGCUUUGUUCUGUCCGAAGACCUGGGCGGCCAUCUUUAACAAGGCAGUCUUCAGUCAUCCUGUGCUCCCACCUCUGCCUGUGGCCUGGAAGGGGUUAGCUGGCCGCCAUUACUGGAAAAGUCAAGAAGUUAAUUGAAAGUGUAACAGAAAAGUUGAGGUGCAAAUACAACUAAGGAAGGAAGGAAACAUUUAGUAAAUGUGUGGGUAGGACCCCCACCCCCCAACCCCCACUUUGUUAACGUCAGUAAGCCUAUGUUAAAUUCUGAUGAUAUAAUAAAAUGUUUUAUCACCA